CUGCCCAGCCUCAGGACCUCAGGGAACAGAAUCGAGGCACCUCCACCAUGGCCUGGACCCCUCUCCUCCUCGGCCUCCUCGCUCACUGCACAGGCUCCGUGGCCUCCUAUGAGCUGACUCAGCCCCCGUCAGUGUCAGUGAACCUGGGACAGACGGCCAGGAUCACGUGUGGAGGAAACAACAUUGGAAGUAAAUAUGCUUACUGGUACCAGCAGAAGUCAGGCCAGGCUCCUGUGCUGAUUAUCUAUAAGGAUAGUGAGCGGCCCUCAGGGAUCCCUGACCGAUUCUCAGGAACCAACUCGGGGAACACAGCCACCCUGACCAUCAGCGGGGCCCAGGCCGAGGAUGAGGCUGACUAUUACUGUCAGGUGUGGGACAGCAGUAGUGAUUGUUGGGUGUUCGGCGGAGGUACCCAGCUGAGCGUCCUAGGUCAGCCCAAGUCAGCCCCCUCGGUCACACUCUUCCCACCCUCCAAUGAGGAGCUCAGCGCCAACAAGGCCACCCUGGUGUGCCUCAUCAAUGACUUCUACCCCAGAGGCUUGACGGUGGCCUGGAAGGCAGAUGGCACCCCCGUCACCAAGGGCGUGGAGACCACCAAGCCCUCCAAACAGAGCAACAACAAGUACGCGGCCAGCAGCUACCUGAGCCUGUCACCGGACGAGUGGAAAUCUCGCAGCAGAUUCACCUGCCAGGUCACGCAUGAGGGGAGCACCGUGGAGAAGAGUGUGGUCCCUGCAGAGUGUUCUUAGGUCCCCGAGACUGUCAGGGAUGGAGGCCUUCCUCACCCAGAUACACCUUCCCCAGCUCACCAUGUACCCCUGAGAGCCAACUCCUGGAUCAGCUCAGACCGGGAAGGUCACACACCCUCCCAGUUUCUAUUUGUGCUCAAUAAAGAACUUAUCAUUUAUCAUUCAA